AUGCUGUCAGCACUGAAAGAUAUUCCUCCUGGUCAUCUCGUCCUUGGAGCCGCUGCGUGCUUCCUACUAUACCAAGUUUACCUGUAUUUGACUUUGGGUCUUGCUCGCCGGAAGUUUAUUCAGCAAAAUGGUUGCCGACCACCUCCAGCAUAUCCUCAUAAAGACCCGAUCCUUGGACUAGACUGGGCCUUGAAAGGCAUGAAAUACAGCCGGUCCAGAACGUUCCUCCAAGGGACACAGAAACGCUUUCGCGAGCACGGCAACACCCACUCGCUAAAUGUUAUCGGUAAACCUGCUAUUGCUACGUGUGACCCGGAAAAUAUCAAAGCCACCCUGGCUACUAAAUUCCAGGACUUUGACCUUUCUACUGUCAGAAAAAGUCUUUUUCAACCGUUGUUCGGCAAGGGAAUCUUCACAACAGAUGGGGCUGAGUGGGAGCAUUCCCGCGCAAUGUUGCGGCCCAAUUUUGUCCGUUCUCAAGUUGCAGAUUUAGACAUGAUUGAGAGACAUCUCAAAAAUCUAUUCAAAGAGAUUCCAACAGAUGGUUCAACAGUCGAUCUCCAGGAUCUUUUCUUUGAUUUGACUCUCGAUACGGCAACUGAAUUUCUUUUCGGUGAAUCAGCCUAUACUCUGACCAAAAAAGAUAUGGGGUCUGGCGAACGAUUCAGCGAUAUCUUCACCUACUGUACAGCCGUCAUCGGGCAGUGGGCACGGCUUGGCAUAUUCUUGGGGAUCCCGGACAGACGAUAUCACCGGUACGCAGCUGGUGUCCACGAAUUUGCUGAUCGUUACGUUCAAAAGGCCCUUGAGAACUAUCGUGCCCAGCAGUCCGGGAUGAUUAUCAGCGACAAGACUUCAAAUCGAUACAUUUUCUUGGAUGAGUUGGUGAAAUCUACCCAAGAUCCAGUCGAAUUGCGCUCCGAAGCUCUUAACAUCUUGCUUGCUGGCCGGGACACGACUGCAAGUCUCUUGGCCUGCCUGUGGAACGUUCUAUCAAAAAGGCCUGACGUCUGGUCCAGGCUCCUAAAUGAGGUCGAUGCGAUCAAUAAAAAGAGACCAUCGUUUGAAGAACUAAAGAAUAUGAAGUUCUUGCGUUAUUGUGUAAACGAAGCCCUGCGACUGUAUCCUGUGGUCCCUGGUAAUACUCGAGUUGCGGUCCGCGACACCUUCGUUCCCGUUGGAGGGGGUCCGGAUGGCAAAUCUCCCGUGUUCGUGCCCAAAGGCACUCUGCUUAAUUACAGUGUUUACACAAUGCAUCGACGGGAAGAUAUAUAUGGACCCGAUGCCGCGGAGUUUAAACCAGAAAGAUGGGAGAAAUUGCGGCCCGGAUGGGAAUAUCUUCCAUUUAAUGGCGGUCCUAGAAUCUGCCUUGGACAGCAACUUGCACUUACUGAAGCGUCAUAUACCACCGUUCGAUUGAUGCAGGAAUUCCGCCACGUCGAAUCCCGUGAUCCUAAUCCAUGGGAAGAAUUGCUAACGGUUACCUGCGCUAGCGCCCAUGGUGCGAAGGUGGCUUUGAGGCCUUAA